AUGGAGGACGCGGAAGUUAUUUGUAAACAGCUCAGCUGUGGAUCUGCCCGAUCUGUGGAACGUGCUAUUAGAUUUGGAAGCGGUUCUGGACAGAUCUGGCUCGAUGAUGUGAACUGUCGUUUGCACGAUACACUCCUGUGGCAAUGUCCAUCUUCACCAUGGGGCCAACACAACUGUAACCACCAGGAGGAUGUUGGAGUCAUUUGUUCAGAACUAAAUCCUGGGAAAAUGCACGGUGAUGGGGCUAGGAAGAAAAGUAAUAUGGAACCAGUUUCGGAAGAUUUUGGGUUGCGGCUGGCUGCGGGAUUGAACAACUGCUCGGGAAGAGUUGAAAUAUUUUUCCGUGGUAUGUGGGGAACGGUGUGUGAUGAUUCUUGGCACAGGCAUGAUGCCGCUGUUGUCUGCAGACAAUUAAAUUGCGGCGAGCCGGUCUGGACAGAGGGACAGACGCUAUUCGACCAAGCAAGUGGCACAAUUUGGAUGGACAAAGUUCAAUGUAAGGGGAGUGAACUGUUCCUGACGGAUUGCCAAUUGUCAGCAAUGGGAGAUCAUGACUGUGAAGAUAAAGAGGACGUCAACGUGAUGUGUGCUGCCAACAGCAACAGACAAUAUGACACCACUGGACUUCCUAAUCCUGUUUACGAAGAGAUUGAGGUUCAGGAGCAUAGAGCAGGUGCAGGUGCAGGUUUGCACUCUACCAGUUCACUUAACAGUUUGGAAAAUUCUCCAGAAAGCGAGUUACAUGAAUAUGAAGAUGCAAACAUGGAAGCCUUAACAAUUCAACUUUCCAGCGAAAAUGCAUCAGUUGAAAUUGCGAAUAAAAAAGAGCUCAGACCCCCCAGGUUGGUGGGGCAGUAUGCACCGUGUAUUGGAAAUUUGGAGGUUUAUCACCGAGGUCAGUGGAAAUCUGUUUGUAGUAGUCGAUGGGAUUCAGCUGCUGGAAAGGUUGUCUGCAAGCAAACUGGCUGCGAUUCUUAUCACACAACAUCUGAAAAUCCCAUUCCACAAGAAACAGGGCCUGUGUUACUGGAUAAGAUUCAGUGUAAAGGAACGGAAUCUUCAUUGUCCGAGUGUACAUUCAGUCCUUCCGGCCAGCAGAAGUGUGAAACUGGGAUGAGUGUAGUUAUUUUCUGCAAAGUGAAGCAAAAUGUAUUUCUGGAGGAUGGAGGUAGCCCAUGUGCUGGGAGAGUUCAAGCUCGCAGUUUUGGUUCAUGGAUUAUCAUCUGUGGUCGAAUGUGGGAUAUGAAUGAUGCUCGUGUUGUGUGUAAAUACCUGGGGUGUGGUGACGCUGUAUCAGCAUCGGGGAACUCUCAGUUUGGAGGUGGCAUUUGGCUUGUGCUUAACUAUGAAGUUGGCUGCAAUGGCAGUGAGGAGGAUCCCUGGAAGUGUGAACUGAAACAGCUGGCUCACAGUAAUUGUUCUGGAGAAACGGAAGGAGCUGGUGUCAUUUGUUCAGGUGAAGAUUGGCAGUUACGACUGGCUAACGGAGAGAGUAUUUGCGAAGGCCGUGUGGAAGUUUAUUAUGACGGUGUUUGGAGGAGAGUGGUUGACACUGAGUGGAAUUUGAAUGAAGCAGAAGUGGUGUGCAGACAGCUGAAAUGUGGGUCUGCAAUAAACAUUUACAACCACUUGAAGUUUGGAAAAGGCACCGGACCAACCUGGAUCAGUAAUGUCGGGUGCAAUGGAAGUGAACCCUUCUUGCGGAAUUGCAGUUUUAGAAAAAUAGAGCAGUCACCUUUUGUAGAUGACGUGGGAGUGGUUUGCUCUGAUAAUAUUCAGAUAAGAUUGGUGGAUGGUGGAAGUCGCUGUGCUGGAAGAGUGGAGCUUUACUACAAUGGAAGCUGGGGAACUGUAUGUGAUGAUUCCUGGGAUUUAGCAGACGCCCAAGUUGUCUGUAACCAGCUGAAGUGUGGGCAGGCUUUAAACGCAACGGUUUCCAGUUGGUUUGGCCCAGGAGUGGGGCCUAUUUGGCUAGACAAUGUGGACUGCAACAUGAAAGAUUCUGUCCUGUGGGAAUGUUUGUUGGGGCAGUGGAACAAGAGCGACUGCAAUCAUAAGGAAGAUGCUGGAGUUAUUUGCUCAGACCACAGAGCUGUUAGGCUGCAGGAUGGAGUGAACCCUUGUCAGGGCAGAGUUGAAGUUUACUAUAAUAGGACCUGGGGUACGGUCUGUGCUGAUUCCUUUGGAAAGAAAGAAGCUGAAGUUGUUUGUCAACAGCUCAGCUGUGGAUCUGCCCAAUCUGUGGAAAGUGCUAUUACAUUUGGAAGUGGUUCUGGACAGAUCUGGCUCGAUGAUGUGAACUGUCGUUUGCAUGAUACACUCCUGUGGCAAUGUCCAUCUUCACCAUGGGGCCAACAUAAUUGUGGCCACAAGGAGGAUGUUGGAGUCAUCUGUUCAGAAUUGCGAUUGGCUGCAGGAUUUAAUAAUUGCUCCGGAAGAGUUGAAAUAUUUUUCAAUGGUACAUGGGGAACAAUUUGUGAUGAUUCCUGGGAUAAGCAGGAUGCUGCUGUCGUCUGUAGGCAAUUAAAUUGUGGCCAUCCAAUGUUAGCUCUGGAAGAGGUGCUGUUGGAUGGAGGAAAUGGCACAAUUUGGAUUGAUGAAGUUAAAUGUAAGGGGAGUGAAUUAUUCCUGUGGGACUGCCGAUUGUCAAUAAUGGGUGAUCGUGGCUGUCAACAUAAAGAAGAUGUCAAAUUGAUAUGUUCCGGCCAUCAGAAAUUCACAGAGUCCUUCAACCAGCAGAGGUCCUCUGUUUUCUUCAUCCCUUGUAUUCUUGUUAUCCUUUUGAUUGCUGUGUCACUUGCUUUGGCCGCAGAAUUACUGAGAAGCUUCCAGAAAGACAGCAGACGGACACAAUGUUCUCUCAAGAACUUUUCUGACCCUGUUUAUGAAGAGAUAGAGAUUCACAACACUGGUGCAAGCCCAGAUUUGCACUCUAGCAGCUCACUGAACAAGCUGGAAUAUUAUACAGACAGCGAGUUACAUCAAGAUGAUGAUAUACAUGUGCAAAUCUCAGCAAUUGAUUCCUUUGUGCAACCUUUCAGUCAAAAUGGUACAGUGGAACGAGUGAAUGACAAAGAGUUGAACGGAUUGGAAUUAAUAGGCCCGGAGGCGCCAUGUAUCGGGCGACUGCAGGUUCGUUACCGCGGUCGACGGGGCUCCGUCUGCAGUAGUCCGUGGGAUUCGUCUACUGGAGAAGUCGUCUGCAGACAGAUUGGUUGCAAUGUCUACCACGCAACACUGGCUAUACCCAUCUCACAAGAAACUGGACCUAUUUUGCUGGAUAAAGUUCAUUGCAAUGGAACUGAGUCGUCACUCUGGGAAUGUCCAUUCAGUGCUUCGGACCAACAGGGGUGUGAAACUGGGACGGCCGUAGGCUACUUCUGUAAAGGUAUCUGCGUCGUUGACAAUUAA